ACAUCUGACUCUACACGGCGCGCAACUUGUGAAAUAGGAACGGGUUCUCGAUAGAACCUGAAACAAACAGUGGCAUAUAGUGUUCCGUUGUGUCGUUGCCUUGUGGUUCGUGUUAUCGUAGGUCUUAACCGCUGAGCAUAUAGAAGCGAUGGAAAUCCCCACGGAUGGCCCCGCUACUUACUGUCGCCUUUGUUUGGGGAAGCAAAAUCUGCGAGGUCUGUUUAGUUCGAGUAAGGAACCGAAUAUCGUUGAAGGUGACGACGGCGGUCAGUUGGGCAAUCUGCUGGUGGAGAAGAUCUACGAAUGCACCAAUAUCAAGCUCCACGCCAUCGGCGAUGCCGAUUGUGCCAUCUGCGACCGUUGCUUGCAGGCGGUCGAGGAUUUUUACCAUUUUCGUACGCGCAGCAAGCAGGUCAAUGAUCUCAUCCAAGUGGCCGUUGCUAGUGACGAUGGUAGUAGCAGCACGAGCAGCGGCGGAACGUCGAUCAAAACCAAAUCCAACGAAAACCAACUAAAGCGUCGAACGGGCAAAGAAGGCGCUGGAACGCUUUCAACGGUAGCCUCUGCCGCUGGCAAGCUGCUGGUUCACCGUUGUCGCUACUGUCCAAAGUCUUUCCGCCGGUUGGAGGCUUUAGAGGAGCACGGCAAACGAGCGCACGCCGCUAACCGGCAGCAUCACUGCCCCAACUGUAUGGCCCAGUUCCAGCAUGCACCGUCACUGGCGCGACACGUGCGUAGUCGCAGCUGUUUCUCCUUCAGCCGUUAUCGGUGCCGGGUGUGCAGCGAAUGUUUUACCGAUCGGGCGCUCUGGGCCGACCAUAUCCGGGUGCACGCGAAGGAUUUCCCCUACCAGUGUCCCGACUGUUGGUCCCAGUUCAAGCACAAGGCCACCCUGCGUCGCCACGCCAACACCGUGCACCUGUUGGUGGUGCAGAGCUGACACUGCGCUGGUCGCAGCAGGCCACAUCACAGCAAGCAUCGACGCCGGAUGGCAUGGCCAUUUAGCCGUGUUCCUUUUCGAGAGGAAGUGGAGUGAAGCUAAAAAGCUUUCUUAUUUUAUGCCAGUAAAGUGUACACAUGUAUUUAUAAUUUAGCCAAUUUCAAAGUAAAUAAAAUUUUAUCUAAUGCGCACUUAAGAAAAGAAAAUG